GUGUUCGUGAAAAAGAGGUGGCGGUGAAGAAAGCCGAUUCGGAUAUAUCUGGCUUUAGCUCGACCGAGGUCGAUAACCACACAAAUUCGGUAAUUAUUAGCGAUGAAAGCCGUACUGUAUCUGAAGAAAAUAGUGACUUGUGUGAGAAGUUGUUGGAAGAAUCAAGUGAUGGUGAAUUACCCGUUUUAAUUUCAAGUACAGACGCGGAAAUUCCUUCGACUGAAAAUGUGGAUGAAGGUCUAAAUGAAAAGAGUCCCGAAAUGAAGAACAACGUCACUACAUCGGAGUUGUCGGAAAACCACGCUACCGAUACUUGUAUUUCUGGUGUUGAGAUAGCGCAGAAUGUAAGCCAAUCAGAAAACAGUUACAAAACGGAGGAUAACAACAUUACUACGUUGGAAAACGAAGCUGCUGAAGUAGCCACGUUGGAUUCUUUGAUUCUCGAUCCAGUUAGUGUGGGGCCCGACAGUGAGUUUCUUCAAGUUAGUGCCGAUUCAAGCCAAUCAGAUGCUUCUGUUCUUGAUAAUAGUUCCGAAAUGGAGAAUCAUAUUAUCACAGAGGAAUUAUUGGAAAACGAAACUGCUGAAGAAGUAGCCACGUCAGAUUUUGUGGUUCUCGAUCCAGUUACCGUUGCGCCCGACUAUGAAUUUCUUCACGGUAGUGCCGAUUCAAGCCCGUCUGAUGAUGCCCCCUCUAUUCUUGGAUAUAAUUCUGAAAUAGAGAUGUAUAUUACUACAGUCGAAUUGUUCAAAACUGAAGCUGCUGAUGUCACCGCGUUGGAUUCUUCGACUCCCGAUCCAGUUACUACUCUUCCCGAAAACGAUGAUGUGUGCGUGGACGAUAAACGUACGAACGUGGAAAGCAAGAUCGAAAUUGAAAUCAUCGAAGAUGGCGGAGAAAGUUUUGAAACUGACUUGACUGAGUCGGAACCAGCUAUAACAAGUGUGUCCGAAGAAAUUGGAGAAGGUAAUGAAACGGACACUGCGAUUCUUGGUGUUCAAAAUGCCAUAGUUGGUAACGAAAAUGGAAGCAGUUCGAAUGACACUGAGUUAACGACUGUGUUGUCGACUCAGUUGGAAGCUGACGCAGUCUUCGAUGAGGAAGCUACCGUUGAAGAAUCCAAGAAAGAUGACGGGGCUGAGAGCCUAACCGUGGACUUAUCCGUGGGGCCGGAAAUUACCGAAGCCGAUGACGAAGCACCGAGUGAUGAUAGUAUAGAAGAAUCACUACACGAAGUGGCGGAGCUGAAACCGACUGAAUCUGCCACAACGAGUCGGGAAAUCGUAUCAACCGAAUUUGUUCUAUCUUCGGGUGCUGCUCUGUUGCCACAUCCCUCUAAGGUGUUGACAGGUGGAGAGGAUGCGUAUUUUAUUACCGGUCAAACAUGGCUAGGUGUAGCUGAUGGUGUUGGUCAAUGGUCAUUCCAAGGGAACGAAACGGGAGUUUAUGCUCAAGAGCUCGUAAAAAACUGCGAAAUGCUCAUCUCAAAUUGCAAUGGCGAUUCGGUAAAUAACCCUGUCGAAUUGCUCAAACUCGGUGUUUAUGAAACGGGCUCUGCUGGUUCAUCAACAGUUUUGAUUGCUCAGUUUGAUGGUCAGGCUCUUCACGUUGCUAAUAUUGGGGACUCGGGAUUUAUUGUCCUAAGACGCGGUGAUGUAUACAAGAGAUCUUCUCCCAUGCACCAUGCAUUUUAUUUCCCACGUCGAAUCGAAAGGAGCGACGACCCCUCUUCUCUUGCAGAGCUGUACAGUGUCGAUUUAGAGGAAGAGGAUGUGAUUAUUACCGCUACUGAUGGACUUCUCGACAAUUUAUACGAUCGAGAAAUUUCGUCCAUAGUUGACAAGUCACUUGCCGAUGAUAAAAAACCCGAGGAAAUAGCGGAGCUGCUGGCAAGAGAGGCGCAAGAGAGAGGUGGCUCUGCAUUUGGGAGGAGCCCGUUUGGCGAUGAUGCUGAGGUGGCAGGCUUUGCGGGUUACACAGGUGGCAAGAUUGACGACGUGGCGGUUAUUGUAUCCGUGGUCGGAAGAAAAUUGGAGUCUCGAAAUUUGUGAUCUCACUUCUUACAAAGGGGAGUUGUAAAUUGUAUAUGUACUUUGUCUAUGGAAAUAAAGUGAUGAAGGAAAUUGAUCAAAAUUAAGAUUUAAACAAUACUUGAACUUCGUGAUAGUGGUGGAAAUCGAACGUGAUUUUCGAGUUCUUUCUCGAUUUUGAUCCAUGAAUUUUUUUUCUUUUAA